UCGCCACAGCUCAAGGCUACUUUCUCGCGGAACCCGUGAGCGGAAGCCCUCGCCACCUCAGCUUCGAAGCCCUUCGCGUCCUCCGCUCGCUCUUCCUCGCCUGAAUGAUGCCCGACUCCUUGACCGGAGUUGGGUAGCGUCACGCGAGAGGAGGCGGCCCUCGGAAGCCAAAGGCCGGGGCAACCCGGCCGCACUUCCGCCUCCCCGGCUGCCGGAAGGUAGAGCGCACGCGCUCCCGGCGACUCCGGCGCGGUUGACUUCCGCUCCCACUGUGCUCUGCGAGCCGAAUCAUGGAUCACACUGACAAUGAGUUACAAGGCACUAAUAGUUCUGGAUCAUUGGGUGGUCUUGAUGUUCGAAGAAGAAUUCCUAUAAAGCUCAUCUCCAAACAAGGGAACAAAGCCAAAGCUGCACCUCGCACGCCAAGGACUAUAAACAGAAUGCCUGCAAAGGCUCCCCCUGGUGAUGAAGGAUUUGAUUAUAAUGAAAAGGAACGGUAUGACUGUAAAGGGGGCGAACUGUUUGGAAGUCAACGAAGAUUUCCUGGACACCUUUUUUGGGACUUUCAGAUAAACAUCCUAGGUGAAAAAGAUGAUACUCCAGUUCAUUUCUGUGACAAAUGUGGAUUGCCUAUUAAGAUCUAUGGGCGAAUGAUUCCAUGCAAGCAUGUUUUUUGCUAUGACUGUGCUAUUUUACAUGAAAAAAAGGGAGAUAAGAUGUGUCCAGGGUGUAGUGAUCCUGUGCAGCGAAUUGAGCAGUGUGCACGUGGUUCUCUCUUCAUGUGUAGCAUUGUUCAAGGGUGCAAGAGAACGUAUUUGUCUCAGAGAGACUUACAGGCUCAUAUCAACCACCGCCAUCUGAGAGCUGGAAAACCUGUUACCCGAGCUUCACUUGAAAAUGUUCAUCCUUCUAUUGCCCCACCACCAGCUGAAAUCCCUGAUCGUUUUAUAAUGCCACCAGACAAGCACCAUAGUAUGAGCCAUAUUCCGCCAAAGCAGCACAUCAUGAUGCCACCACCUCCUUUGCAACAUGUUUCACAUGAGCACUAUAAUCAGCCACAUGAGGAUAUUCGUGCUCCUCCAGCAGAAUUGUCCAUGGCUCCACCUCCACCUCGUUCAGUCAGUCAGGAAACCUUUCGUAUUUCAACAAGAAAACACAGCAAUUUAAUAACUGUCCCUAUUCAGGAUGACUCAAAUUCAGGUGCUAGAGAACCACCACCUCCUGCCCCAGCACCUGCUCACCAUCAUCCUGAAUAUCAGGGUCAACCAGUGGUAUCGCACCCUCAUCAUAUUAUGCCUCCACAGCAACAUUAUGCACCACCCCCACCUCCUCCACCACCAAUAAGCCAUCCAAUGCCACAUCCUCCCCAGGCUGCAGGUACUCCUCACUUGGUUUAUAGCCAAGCUCCUCCUCCUCCAAUGACCUCUGCUCCACCACCAAUAACCCCUCCCCCUGGACAUAUCAUUGCCCAGAUGCCACCUUAUAUGAAUCAUCCUCCUCCAGGACCUCCCCCACCUCAACAUGGUGGUCCACCUGUUACUGCACCCCCUCCUCAUCAUUAUAAUCCUAACUCUUUACCCCAGUUCACUGAAGAUCAAGGAACUCUGAGCCCUCCAUUUACACAGCCAGGAGGAAUGAGUCCUGGUAUAUGGCCUGCACCAAGAGGGCCACCUCCUCCUCCACGAAUGCAGGGCCCACCUUCUCAAACCCCACUUCCUGGACCACAUCAUCCAGAUCAGACAAGAUAUAGACCAUAUUAUCAAUGAUAAGAGUAUUUUGAACUGAAGAUAUGAAAAAAUGUGUAGUCAACCUUUUAAUUAAGCUUUGACUGUUCUGGGAAGGAAAAAUCUUAUUGAGAUGGCUAUAAAACACUUAGGGUCUUAUCUCUUAAAAUGGUUUUAAAUCUUCAUCUUAGGGUUGAUUUCAAGUACUAUACUGUAGUGCAGAUAAGUGGCUCAGUGGAGCACAGCUAUAUUUUAACAACUUUGAUCCCCUAGUGUGGUAAAUUGGCCCACAGGUGACCAUUUGUAAAAAAAAAAAAAAUUUGAAAAUUUUUAUUCCACUUUAAAAGGUGUUGCUUUUGUUAAACCCAGUUUUGUUUUUCUUGUGACACAUUUUGUUAACCUGUGUAAAAGGAUUAAAUUUCAAUAUGGUUGUAAAAAUGCUAUUUUUAUGUGAAUUUAAGUGCAACCACAUACUGUUUUUUAAAACCAUAUGUUUUACCACUAAUUUCCCAAAGUUACAAUAAAAUCUUAAAAGUAAAAAUCUAGAAUUUACUGUAAGGCAGACUGUUAAAUGAUAGAGAAUUAACAUUUUAGGCACUGAAAUUUUGAGAUAUAUUAAGUAUAUAAUGCACUUCACUUGGAUGCCUUUUCAUUUAUGCAGUUCAGGAGCUCCAAAAUACGUUGAAAUUCCAGUAUUGAGAUAUAUUUAUGUUUGAAAUAUUAAAGGCAUUACUAAUUAUUUGGAAAGAUAUGGCCAAAGUAACUGAUUACAGUCUCCAAAUAGUUAGGGGGAUGCUGUUAUUCAUUAAUGCUUUUUACUGAAUGGUUGGAAUCACAUAAUUCACCACACUUUUUAAUCUUAAGUAACAUUAUAUAACUUUAAAUGGUGUUUAGAUGAAGGGUGUUCUACUCUACUCAUUGUCUUUAAUAUUUAGGGUUGAAAAGGCUGUAUGUAAUUCCUCAGUUCAUGAUAGAGUUUGAUCCUGUGCUUAAGUGUGGUCUUGUUUAUUGGAGUUUAAAUCACAAUAUGAAUGCCAUGGAUGAAUUUGAAUACUGUAUUAAUGAAGGACAUUCUUGUAGUUACACACUUGCAUUGCUCAGGUUUCAUUACUGUGUGAUAAGAUUUCUUUCUUUAACUUGGAAUUUGAAAACUAUUAAUUUCCUUUUUCUUUUAUUGAUUAAGUAGUCUAAAAUUUGGGAUAUUUUAGCAUGGAAUCAACAGUGAAGACUACCAGAUGAUUUUUUAUUGGAGAAAAAGAAUAACUAAAUUGUGAAUUUCAGUGCUUUAUAAGGUGCCUUUAGAGUCGGCCUUUGCGUUGUAGGGGCUUGUUAUAGUCCAGCUAAGAUAACCACUCAGUUUCUACAGAACUCAUGUACACUUCGUUAUUCUUAGGAUAUAUCAUUAUAUAUCCUUUGAGUAAACCCCUGUGAAGUAUUUCCUUCCCCCUAAAAUGGUGCAUAAUAUAAACAUGAAAUAUGUAGUGUGCAGAUAUCAUUUAUUAAAUAGUUUGUAGUAUAUACAUUUAGAACAUUUCUUUUUGACAAAGGGUGAACUGAUUGCUAUUUACCACUUAAUUCUGUCAGUUACAGGCAAAACAAUUUCUCAUUUUGGAUAAUCAGAUGCAAAGUCACCUAUGAACUUAAAAGAGUUGAAGUUAGAAAUAAUACAAAUGGCCAUUUCAACCAUGACCAGUUGAAAAUAAUGAAUACACUUUUAACUGACUUUCCACACUUAUCAAUUAGAGAAUCCAAUGUUAAUGUAAUACUUCUAGUGAGAAAAUUUUGUUAUUAGAAGCAUGGGAGUGAAAUAGUGUGAAAAGUUGGUGGGAAGUGCUUCUAUCAUAUUACUGUAGGUACUUGGACUGGUGCAAACUUGAUUCCCUUUCAUGCCUCUAUCUAAUAGCCGUUAAAAAUCCUAUGCUAUUUGUUUCAUGUAAUAAGAGAAUAUCCAAAUUUUUUAGAGCUCAAUUAUUUAUGAAGAACUCUUCUGUUUUUAUUGAAAUUCUCUAGAGUUGAAUGUGGCUAUAAAACCACUUAGCCUAUGUACUGGACAAAAAAAUUAGAAUCAUGAUAAAAGUACACAUGUUAAGAAUUCUCAUAGGCAUUUAAAGUGAUUUAUUUUCAGUUAGGUUUAAGAAAUAUGUUAUGCAGGGAGGCAGAUCAGAUGAAUGUCCUAGCAGACAAAUGUGUUAGACUUGAAUUCAUCCAGUUAUUGUUUGAACGGGGUUUGGGGGAGGGAGGGUAGUAGUAGGAUAACAAAAUUACUGUUAGUAUUUCUUUCCUUAAAAAAGAUGUGAAUUCCAGCUUUAUUUCAGGGAAGCCUUUGAAACUAUAAUGGGCAUAGUUCUAAAUUAAAUGUAUGUAUGUUUCAUUAUAUUGCUCCUAAGACUACUGAGGUGGCAGUUUAAUUCUUAAAAAACAAUAAAAUGGAACCAUAAAUACUAUAUUGCCUAAAUGAGUUUUUACCUAAUGACACAUUUGGGAUAAUGUAGAAUUUUUCAUGUUUUUAUUGAUAGAACUUUUAUAGUAAAAUUAGGUUCAUAUUUGGAGAUUAAAACCAGCAAGUUGAAUGUUAAAUUUCUUCAGUGGCAUGUUUGUUCAGAAUAUUAUAUAGUAUUUGGGGAAAUAGUUGCAAAGGCCAUAAAAAACAAAAACUUUAUAUCCGUUUUGCCCUGUAAAAACCACUGGCUCAAAAUUAUUGUGUAAAUACUAGCUAGGCAACAUUGAAAUAUAAAUGAAAAGAUAAUUGCACAUAUUUUUUAACUCACAUAGGAAGCUUAUCAUGUGAAGUAUAGUAUACAGAGCUGCUUUAGGCUUUGUACUAGAAGAGUGUCUUUCAUACACCUUUUUGGUCCUGUCUCAUAAAAAAUUUCGUGGAAGUCCUAUAAGUAAUGGAAAAAACUCACAAAUAUCUAAAACAAAAGUGCAUUCUAAUUAUUAGAUAUGCCAUCAAAUUGAUAUAUUGAUGUUGAAAUGUGACAAUACUCAAACAUUUUCUGAAGUGGAUGAAUUUUUCACUGGUUUGUAAGUAAUCUCUCGUGGCCUUUGAUCUAAGCAGAAUUUACUUACUGCAAUUUAUGCACAAUCUAAUAAAGCAGUAUUGGCUAUCUUAGACUUAAGGGGACAGGGAGGUAAGCCAGUUAAAAUACUUAGUAGUGAUACUAAUAACAUUUGGAUUUUGUUUUGAUUUAUGCUCCUUUUAAUUUCCCAGCAUUGAGGGAAAGAGUGUUAAAGUAGAAUUCUUAAAGGAACAAUUUCGUGUUAAAGUUUUGUUGUCUAUAAGAAUUUUUAGGCAUUAUUGGAUCACAGGAUUGAAAUGAACAAUGAUAGGUCAUGGGUUUAGCUCAUAAUUGGACAGGACCAUGUCUUUUUUUUUUUUUUUUAAUCUAGUGUUUUGAAAUGUUAAUCUAUUAACCCCAGAAUACCCCACUUCUAAGUCUUUGUAGGCACCAAGUCUCAUAAUUGCACUUAAAGUCCAUUUCUUACUAAUCUACUU